ACACAAACAUGUCGAAUGUUUGCUGAUUGGCUCCUAAGCGACCUAUCAGCUGAGGUGUUACUGACCGUGGACAGCAACCAACGUACACAGUGGAGCUCCAGGAAGUGCAUCCAGUUUAACACUGAGGAGUGAUGACUGGAUCUUGACAGUCUCGCGAAUAUAUUACUAAACCCAGAAAGCAGAGCUGUAUACAUGCAAGCAAAGUUCAGCAAUGAACUUGGGGGAUGGUUUAAAGUUUGAACUUCAGAAUGGAAAACCUACACUUGUUUUGGCACAUUAUGGGCUGGACCCAAAGGAUACAAAGAAGGUACCAGUAGUAGAAUUGAUGCCGUUCAAAACCAAAACCCAGAAACAGCCACUGAAGUCCAAGCAAGCGGCUCUGGAAGCACCAGUAAUUCAACCACAAUUAAACCAGGAGAGAAUAGGUACAAAGCACUCAAACCUGAAGAAAAAUGUGUCUGAAGUAUCCAGGAACGAACCAGAGAGAGGUAUUCCAAAGCAAAAGACUGGAGGCACCCUGAAAGAGAACACCAACAAAGACCUCCUUGUUCAGGUCAGGUCACAGACUGGCCCAACCAAGACCCGCGGUGAUUCUGAUAAGAGAAACGCUGUUAAAAGGACAGACGUCUCCAGGCAGCAGAUGCCCAAACCACAGAAGACAAAACCACAGAAGACAGUCUCUGCUGAUUUUCUGAAGGAAAGCCUGGUUUGUUUAACCCAGGAGCAGCUUCAGCAGAUCCUAGAUACUGUGGGCCAAGCAGCCAGGGGAAAUGAGAAACAAGCUGAACCAGAAAGUGCUGAAACAAAUAGUGCUGCUGAUGCUGAGACUACAGAGGAGAGUAUAACAGGCCUGCUUCAGAAUAAUGGCAGCCGACCCAACACCAGUGAGCAGAGAAACACACUGGAACCUGACAAAGCUGAGAGUGAUGUCUCUUCUGGGCUCUUCAGUACUUUGGGGGAAAGAGAGCGUGGGAAAGAGACGCUGCAAGAGAAGAAGGCUCAGUGGAAGAAGGGGCUAGAUGAACAGAUGGCCCUGAAGAAGCUGCAGAAAGGCUUCCCUGAGGGAGUGAUGAAGGAGUAUAACCCCUGGGGCAGACCUGGGGCUGGAGCUCCAUGUAACACAUUGACACCAGUUCCCUUUGGAGGCAGCUCUGUUGAAGAGGCGAGGGUGAUAAAGACAGCCUUGGCCCUGGAGGACCCAGAGAAACAGGCUGCCACCCUGAGCGCCCCCUCUGGCAAGACCUCCAGCUUCAGCUCUCCAGAUCUGCCUGCUGCCAUCCGCACGGCCUUCAUACUGGGGGAAGCAACCCCGGUGGACCACGCUUUCAGUGCGAAGAAACGAGAACAGCAAACACUGUGGCUGGCAGAGCUGGACAGACAGAGGGAAGGGGACAGGCUGCGCAAGAGGCAGGAUAAACUGCAGCAUACUCAGGCUGAAGAUCAUGAGCGGUGGGCUAUGCACUUUGAUUCUUUACAAAAAAAGCCUCCAGUCAGCACAGGGAGACCUGAACUGGAACCCGAGCCUCUGUCCCUUCACCCUGAUCAGCUGGAGCCCACCCCUCCCUCCGUCACUGCCUGUGUUUCCAGGGCUGACAGUCUGGGGAGAGCCAGUGUGGACAGCAGUGUUGGGGGCACACAGAAAGCCAGCUUUCUCCGUAGUAUGACAGCUCUCUUGGAUCCAGUACAGAUUGAGGAGCGAGAAAGGAAGAGACUGAAGCAGCUGGAUCAUCAGCGCGCCAUCGAGGCUCAGGUGGAGGAGCGGAGGAGGCAGAGGCAGCGAGAGGAGGAGCAGAGGCGCCGGGAGGAGCAGGAGGAGGAGAGGAGGCUGCAGAGAGAGAGGGAGAGCAUCGAGAGACAGUGCCAGGACGAGGCCAGGAAACAGAGGCAGAAAGAGGAGCUGCAGACUCGGCAGACGAAUGAAUUGUACCUGAGCAUGCAGCGUGCCCAGGAGGAGGCGAUGAAAGAGAAGCAGGAGCAACGCAUGAGGGACCUGCUGCGCAAGGGACACGACAUCUCAAACCUGCAGAAGAACAUGGAGGUGAACAGCAGCCAGAGCAUCGCCCCCAGCAGCCUGGCAGGCUACCUGUGCGACAGCGGUGAGGCAGAGAGGCCUGCCAAGAUGAGCCAGGACCUCCAUUCCCCGAGAAAGGAUACCGGAGUGCAGACAGAGUCCUGGAUAAGCACAGCUGCACAAACAGAAUUUGGCUUGCUGAAUCGGGUUCAGGAACAUGCUGCAGUCGGUCCAGGCAGAGGGCUAGCCACUCGCACACCAGACAUCCCAGUGGAAUACAAGCACCCACCGAACACCAAGAAAACCAAGAGGGAUUCGAGACCCCCUGAUAGGAGAAACGGGAAAGAGAACGUGUACAGACAGGACGAUCCCUACGAACCCUUCUCCAGAACGGAGAGGAGGCCGGGAAAGCAGCUGGAGAGGAACGGGAAGAAGCCGGAGUGGAAUACCAACAAGCCUGGGAAGCAGUUUGUGCCGGCGUCGGAGCGCUACCCCUCGGGGCUGCAGAGGGAGCGUGAGGAGAACAGGCAGAGGAGGCAGCAGGAGCUGCUGCAGCUUGCAGAGAGGAACCAGCCCCCCCGGGAGAUCUCCCCCAGCCCAGCCCCACAGCCCUCACACAGGCAGGGCCAGCCUGCAGGCACAAAGAAUGAGCGUACCCAAAGAAACCCUGCACACACAGAACACAGGUCUCCGUCUCCCCCGGUCCCAGCGCUGAAACACCGCUUGCACCCCCUGCAGCACAACCCCAGUAAACCCCCGGCUCAGACCCAGCCCUCCGGAACCCCCAAGGAGCUGCAGCAGCAGGGAGCAGCCAGCUCGGAGAGGCCGCCCUCCGCACACUUCAUCCCCUACGUGCGCACAGACGAGGUUUACAGACUCGAUCCUGACGCCCCACUGUCCAGACCGUCCACGCAUGACCCCCAGUACAGACGGCAGAACGUUUCUGACCAUGGAAGACCGAUUCACAGUUCUGGUCAGACGAGGGACCCUUUACUGAACCCUGAGCUGGUAAAGAACAAAGACAGACAGCAGGCCAUUCUUAAAGGAUUGUCCGAGCUACGCCAGGGACUGCUUCAAAAGCAGAGGGAGCUGGAGACGGGGUUAAGUCCCCUUCUGAGGAACCAGGAUGGAAACCUCUCUCCUCCUUUUCAACCAAUAUGACAGACGAUGUGUCGUGUCCUUUGAACUGCAUGGGAGCCUAUUCACUGAUGUUUCAUCAGCACUAAGCAACACAACAAUCAGCACUUAUCCUGUACAGCGACUGUGAAAUAAAAACGCAAAACAUUACUCUCACUCUUUGCACAUUUUACAGGGGCGCCUAACAGUGUCUGUCCCUUAACUGAAGUACUGAAACCCCAAUCCGUUGAAAAGAUGAAAUUCUACUUGAGUUGAAUGUAGAUGUAUGUCAUUUUGUUUUCAUGUGAAGAUCAUAUUGUAUGUAUCAUAUGAGUUGGACUGUAAAUUUAGAGAUACCGUAAGAUAACACUAUUUAUUAAAAGCAUAUAUUUUGCCUAA